AUGACUUCUCCAAUGAUUCAAAAAGAUAUUGUGAGUGCAUGUAAGAUAGAGACUGUUAAAGCUAUUCUUGACGAAUUAAAUGAUGACUACUUUGCUUUACUAGUUGAUGAAUCCUUUGAUGUGUCACGCAAGGAGCAAAUGGCUAUCGUAUUUCGUUAUAUUGAUAGAAUGGGAUUUGUAAUGGAGCGACUUAUUGACAUUGUUUAUGUUGAAGAUACUAGUGCUUCAUCUUUAAAGGAGGCAAUUUUUAAUUUACUUGCUCAACAUUCUUUGAGUCCAUCAAGUGUGCGUGGACAAUGUUACGAUGGGGCAAGUAAUAUGCAAGGUGAGAUCAAUGGCCUUAAAAUGUUGAUUAGACGAGAAAGUAAAUCGGCUCAUUCAAUCCAUUGCUUUGCUCAUCAACUUCAACUAACUCUUGUUGGGCGUAUGGAUAAUUUACGAGAUUCUCAAAAAUCAACAAUUCAAGUGGCAUUAGAUAUGGGUGAACUUACAACCGGUAGGGGCUUGAAUCAACAACUUGGUCUUUUAAGAGCUUGUGAUACUCGUUGGGGAUCUCAUUAUAAAUCCUUUAACAAUUUUAUUAUUAUGUUUGGCUCUAUUCUUGAGGUUCUUGAAUCACUUGCUCUUGAUGCAAGGAGUAUGGAUGAAAGAGCCAAGGCAAUGGGACAUCUUGAAGCUUGUCAAACAUUUGAGAUUGCGUUUAUGUUGCAUUUGAUGAGAGAUGUCUUAGCAAUCACAAAUGAGCUUAAUAAAUGCUUACAAAAAAAAGAGCAAGAUAUUACAAAUGCCAUGCUACUUGUUGAAGUAGCAAAGAGAAGGUUGCAAGUCUUAAGAGAUGAUGAAUGGGAUUCUCUUAUUGCCAAGGUAUCUACAUUUUGUAUCAAACAUGAUGUUUUGAUACCUAACUUUGAGGAGCCAUAUGUUAGCUCUUUAAGAUCACGGCGGAAACUUGCUAACUAUACAAUCUUACAUCAUUAUCGUGUUGAAGUGUUUUGCAAUAUCAUUGAUUGGCAACUUCAAGAACUUAAUGAUCGUUUUGAUGAGGUGACUACCGAUUUGCUCCAUGGAAUUGCUUGCUUGAAUCCAAUUAACUCAUUUUCAAGUUUUGACAUAAGAAAAGUAAUGAGAAUGGCUGAAUUAUAUCCAGAUGACUUUGAUGAAUCCAAUAUAAGUAUUCUUGAGAAUCAACUUGCAAGUUACAUUGUUGAUGUUCGUGAUGUUGAUGAAAGGUUCUCCGAUCUAAAUGGGCUUUGUGAUCUUUCCAAAAGAUUAGUUCAGACAAAGAAACAUUCAAAUUAUCCUCUUGUAUUUCGCUUAGUGAAACUUGCUCUACUUUUACCAGUUGCCACUGCCUCCGUUGAAAGAGCUUUUUCGGCAAUGAAGUUUAUCAAGAAUGACUUGCGGAGUCAAAUGAGUGAUGAUUUUUUUAGUGGUUGUUUGGUGCCUUAUUUAGAAAAAGAUGUAUUUGAUAAGAUUUCUAAUGAUGUUAUUAUUAAGACAUUUCAAGAUAUGAAACCUCGUAGAAUACAAUUGUAA